AUGGCUGUUACGUUUGCUUUAAAUCUUUAUGAACUAUAUUUAAGUUUUCUUUUUGAGAUAGAUUUUGUUAGCAAGCGAAGAUCUAUGGUUCUACACAUUUAUGUUAUAAUAGAUAUAUUUUGUGAAGUUGCACCAAAUAUCGACUGCAUCGGAUUAAAUAAUGUUACACGAAGAUUUGAAAAGCGAAUAAUGAAUGGAUGCGAGUACUCCUCAGGCAUUAGACACAGCACUGCAUUAUUAUUGGCUAUAUUUCUUGGAUGGGCUGGUGCAGAUCGUUUUUAUCUUGGUUAUUAUGCUAUAGGUUUUCUUAAAUUAUUUUCGUUUGGAUGUUUUGCAAUAUUAUAUCUUAUCGAUAUUGUAUUAAUAGCUUUACAGUUACUUGGACCAGCCAAUGGUAAAGCAUAUCUUAUUGAUUAUUAUGGUCCAAAAGCGGUGGCAUUUCGUUUUUCAAAUGAAACGUAUGUUGAUUUAUAUACUUGCUUUGAUUGUAAUUUAUAA